UUUCAGGAUGUUGAUCUCAAUCACUAUCGCAUUGGGAAAAUCGAAGGGUUUGAAGUGCUGAAGAAAGUGAAGACUCUGUGCCUCCGUCAAAAUUUAAUUAAAUGCAUUGAGAACCUGGAGGAGCUACAGAGUCUUCGAGAGCUGGAUCUUUAUGACAACCAGAUCAAGAAGAUUGAGAAUCUGGAGGCGCUGACAGAGUUGGAGAUUCUAGAUAUUUCUUUUAAUCUUCUGAGAAACAUUGAAGGAAUUGACAAGUUGACGCAACUGAAAAAACUCUUCUUGGUCAACAAUAAAAUCAGUAAAAUUGAGAACAUAAGCAACUUACAUCAACUGCAGAUGCUAGAGCUGGGAUCUAAUCGCAUCCGGGCGAUUGAAAAUAUUGACACAUUAACCAGUCUGGAGAGUUUGUUUUUGGGAAAAAACAAGAUUACUAAACUUCAGAACCUGGAUGCACUUACCAACCUGACAGUCCUCAGUAUGCAGAGCAACCGGCUGACCAAGAUUGAGGGUCUACAGAGCCUGGUGAACCUGCGGGAGCUGUACCUCAGCCACAACGGCAUCGAGGUCAUCGAGGGCCUGGAGAACAAUGUAAGACGUCCGUCGGUCUGUCCUGAGGGUAUGGGCGGAGGGGCGUCAGGGCAGGCAGCAGGGUGCCAGGGCAGGCAGCUGGCUGGCCAGCACACACUUACCUCCAGGGCUGGUCUUGGGUAGACUCACUGCCUGGAGAGGUUUAUUAUAGAGAUCUCUCCAUCCUGAUAACUGCGGGACUUCUCCUUAUCUGGAAAAGGGCACGAGAUGUGUGCUAGUUGGCCCUCUGCCCCCACGUGUGUGUUGAAGGGCUGACACUUAGCGCUAUGGCCAUGUGUGGGAUUUUAGCUCAGGUGUCCACAGGUCCCCUCACAGGGGCAGCAUUCACUGCAUGUCCACUGUGCGAUGUAGGCAUUUGGGAAGAUUUGAAAAAAGCAAACGCUACCUGCUCAUAAACGCCCCUGUACUACAAAGGGUAGCCGUCCGUCCCCCUGCCCCUCCUGGCCACUGAACUUCCUGCCCCACCUCCAGCUGCCUCAGCCCCCACUUCCCAGCCCUCAGGGCCACAGGGCCAGCUGGCUCUGCUCUCCACUGGCCCCUCCUCCCCUGGGGGCGCAGGCUCCCCACCCUCCCCAGCUCUCCUUGCUGACGCGCACGAGAGACGCGUGCCCACAGAGGUUCCUGCCCUCC